AUGUCCCAUUCUGCCUACCAGACCUCGGGCAAACCAUUAUCAGCAGAAGCGUUAUACCAUCAACGACUCAAGCAAGGAGUGUUCCAUUCUCCUAGUGGUACCAUCGUUGGUGUCAAUUCCAAUGCCUCCGACACUGCUGCUCUUUUGGCUGCGUCAUCCGAUUUGACCGUGAAACCCUCCUACGAAAGAACCAUUGCUCCGGAAGCCCAGGUUGCUGCAUUAGCGGCUAAGCAACAAAAGAUUGAAGCAUGGAAACGUGAAAAGGAAGACCCGUAUGCCGAUGCUGCUGCCGCAAAUGCCAGAACUAGCACCAUCGGUUCUACUUCAGGUGCCAGUAGCGUAUACACUGGUAUCCCAUCCAUGAAUUCCACAUCCGUGUACAGGGCUGCCCAACAGAAUUCCUCAUCCACCAUGACUUCGAGAAUCAACCCAGAAAAAGACAUUAAAAGAAGCGGAAUCCAAAGCAAGCAAUCCUCGGGCUCAUUAAACAUUGACAAGAUUUCUCAGGUCGCCAACCAAAACUCAUCCAAAUCGUUAAACUCAAGAUUCAACCCUGAUUUAGAUUACAGAUCAGGAUUAAAUGCCAAUAAGGAAGGAAACCUGUUGGCAGCAUCCCUGGCUGCCGCUUCCCUCAAAAUGGGCGGUGGGUCCUUUACCCACCAAGCUGCCUCCCAAACCAGAUCAAGCACUUUCAAAGCUAGAGACGUUGUCAAUGCGACAUUAUUACAAGCAGCCAAUAACAAGGCUAAUGAAAGAUUGAAUUCCAUCAGCGCUCAAACCCCACUCAAUGUCAAGCAACAAGCGCAAUUGUACGCCAAGGCACUUGCCGUAGCCCAAAAGAAUUCCGAUGAAAGAUUGAAGCUGCACCAAGCUGGUGUUAUCAACUUGGGUGGUGGUUUAACCAUCACUCAAACACAAUUGGACCAAUUGGCAUCCAGUUAUGUCCAACCUAUUUUGAAGGAUAUUGAAUCCAAGGCGGAUUUGAAGAGACAAGAUGAUUUGGAAAAAAAGCAGAAACAAUUGGAAUUAGAAGAAGCCCAUCAAAGAGCUAAACAAGAAGAAGUUGAGGCUAAAUUGAAGGAAAGGCGUGAUCUUGAAGCUGCUAAGUUGAAGCGUGUUGAGGAAAAUGAACAACGUAAGAAGGAGGAAGAUGACAGAUAUGAAGAAUACCAAGGCACAAGAAACCUCGAAGUUGAAGAUAAAGUUGCUGAAUUGAAGGCCCUUGAAGAUAAAUAUGCCCAAGAACGCGAAGCUUUAUUGGCUGAGAAACAAGCGAACCAAGAUAGAAUAGAUGAAGAAGAAGCUGGUAAGAUUGAAGCCAGAAAGACUGAGUUGGAAGAAAUGCAAUCUGAACGUGAUGAAGAAUUGAGACCAACUUUGGAAGAAUUGACUGAAGCUAACGGUAAAUUACAAGAAGUCACUGAUGCUCGUGACGAAUUAAAGAAUGAAUUUGAAGCUGCAGAAAAGUUGAAUAAGGAAUACGAAGAAAAAUUGGCUGAUUUGACCGCGAAAUUGGAUGAAACUAGAGCUGACAUUGAAAAGUAUUCUACUGAUUUAGAAGAAGCCAUUGCUAAACAUGAAAAUACCGAUAAAGAAGUUUCUGACUUACAAGAAUUACAUGAUAAAGAACUUGAACAACAUGAAAAUGAAAGUAAGGAUUUGGAUGAAAAGUUAGCCCAAUUAGAAAAGGAUAAGGAAGAACACACCACCGAAAAGGCUAAUAAGAAGAAGGAAAUCUUGGACGAAUUGGAUUUGAAGGUCAAGGAUGAACGUAAAAUCAAUAAUGAAUUACCAGAACAUUUGAAAAAUGAUAUAGAUGAAGAUAGAAUAAGGGAUACUGGAUCAUUAUUCUCAGUAGAAGAACCAGAAAUUAAACAUAUUCCAUUGGUUAAAGAACCUUCUCCAGAACCAAAGAAAGAUGACAUUACCGAAGCCGCUGCUGCUUCUGCUGCUGCUGCUACCCCUAUUGCCCCUGUUGGACGUUCCAGCACCAAUAAAAGAAAAUCAUUCUCCAAGAGAUUAAGUUCAAUUUUCAAAUCCUCCAAGGACAAGUACCUGGCCCCAGUUUCAUCACCCAAGAAGGCAACUCCAACCAAAUCAAUUGAAAAGGAAGUAACAUCUACUAAAAAUGAACCUCUGGCAAUAUCCUCAAACCAGAUCAAAGAACUCAAAGAUACCAGAUCUGAAACCGCUGCUACUGAUUUUGGUGAUAUCGAUGAUUUAUCUUUGAACCAGAAUGAAAACCCAGAAAAGGGACUAUUCAAGGAAGAUAUCUAA